AUGGCCGAGGCUGUAGACACGGAAGAAGCCCCAGGCAUCAUCUCUGAGCCCCGAUUGCCAUUACAUACCUUCCCUCCGCCCAUGAUCAUACCGCCGCUGAGACAGCCGCACCAGCAGACCAUCAUCCUCCUUCACGGCCGCGGCUCCAGUGCUAAACUCUUUGCACCGGGGCUUCUGUCUGUCCCACUCGAUGAUUCAACCACACCACCGGGCUUAAAUCCUUGUACUUUUCGAGAUCUUCUACCGCAUACGCGCUUCAUUUUCCCGACCGCCCCGCGGUCGCGGGCAACCAUUUACAGACGGACCAUUAUAAACCAAUGGUACGACGGGAGCGGCGACUGGGAGGAUACACUACUGGGCCACGCAAAGGAAACGGUUCUGUUCAUACAUUCUCUACUAGAAGAGGAAGCUGCCCGAGUGGGCGGGACAGGUAGGGUAGUGCUCGGCGGCUUCAGCCAAGGCUGUGCUGCGGCGCUUGUUUGCCUGUUGAUGUGGCGCGGGACGCCACUGGGCGGCAUACUGGGCAUGUGUGGGAUGUUACCCAUGGCUGGCGUGAUGGCCGAGGCCAUGGCGGAAGGAGAUUGUCGACUAGGUGGACGAUAUGAUGAGGCGCCGGAAUACUCUGAUGACGAUCCCUUUGAGCACUCUGAUGGCGAUUCGACUACUAGCUGGGAGGGUAAUCGGUCUGAACACGACCCGGUGGAGCGAACAUUGCGUAUUCUGGGGGACGAGAUUGGCAUCACCAUCCCGGAGCUUACGACGCGUCCAUCGUUCCUGGACACACCCGUGUUGCUCGGACAUGGGACCGUGGACGAUAACGUUCCAGUACGUUACGGUGAGGAGGCGUCGAGAGUCUUGUGGGCGAUGGGCUGUGAGGUCGAGUUCAAGACCUACGAUGGGCUAGACCAUUGCUAUUCCAAGGACAUGCUGAAGGACAUGAUAGAUUUCCUUGGCAACAGAGCACCGAAUUCAUGA